AUGGUGUCAGCUCUACAAGCCGUCGAGGUCGACCUCCGCAUCGACGAGUCCCUCCCCUUCUCUACGGGGUUCAGUUACAGCGGCGCGAUAUGGCUCAGCAUCGCCUGCUCGCGUGGGAAGGAGUUCCGCGGCGUGGCCAUGAGCGGGCCCCUGAGCAGCUGUGUCGGGGGCGCGGACCCCGUGGCGUACUACGGCCAUCAUGACGUGUCGGACUAG